GGACGUUUUAAUAGGUAACCCUGAAUGCUAACUUCAUCUCUGUCACGAUCCUUUUCAAUCCCUCUUUUAAAAAGUGACACAACAAAAUGUCUAAGAGAGGACGUGGUGGUUCCGCGGGAGCGAAGUUCCGUAUCUCACUGGGUUUACCAGUGGGUGCCGUUAUAAACUGCGCCGACAACACAGGAGCAAAGAACCUCUAUGUGAUUGCUGUGCAAGGUAUCAAGGGUCGCCUGAACAGGCUCCCAGCUGCCGGCUCUGGUGACAUGAUUGUAGCCACUGUCAAGAAAGGCAAACCUGAACUCAGGAAAAAGGUAAUGCCGGCAGUGGUUAUCAGGCAACGGAAACCGUUUAGAAGGCGGGAUGGAAUUUUCAUAUAUUUUGAAGAUAAUGCAGGCGUCAUAGUGAACAACAAGGGAGAAAUGAAAGGCUCAGCCAUCACCGGACCUGUUGCCAAAGAGUGCGCUGAUCUGUGGCCCCGUAUCGCCUCAAACGCAAGCUCAAUAGCUUGAGUAUAAUAUAAACUUAAGAAAAA